AUGGCAUCUUCACCGCCUGAGACUUCUCACGGUGGCGGUGUUCGCGGGUACCGCAAUCACGAUGAGCCAGCCUACAAGAGCAGCUACUACCCCUGGAUGGGAAACCGUGAUCAAAACGCCAAUGAAGAUAACCCAGAGUCAGAAAGAGUUGGUGAGUAUCUUCCUUGUCACUAUUUUGACUAUGUCGCUGGGACUUCGACUGGUAGUUUGAGUAGCAUCAUACUGGGAAGACUACGUAUGUCAGUUGAUGAAGCCUUGGACACAUACAAAGCAUUCGGAAAUGCCGUAUGCGGUAAACCUAGGUGGUUUCACGAGCGUUCGUUUCUUUGGUAUCCCAGAGCAAAGUUUUCAUAUCGAAAGACACAGGCAGUGUUCCAAGAGGUUGUCUACCAGACUCUUCGACGAGAUUCCCUUCGACAAAAUUCACCAGAAAGGGUUUGCUUCCCCAGCGAGGCAGAAACAGAACCACUGAAGUACAGAGAAGACCGAACCAGAACUAUCGCCAUCUCUUGGGCUAUCAACAAAGAAGGCGGCGUUAGCAAAGAGUUUGUCUGGAGAAGUUAUGACAAUGACUUUAGCCCCAAGGCACAUGACUCUAAUCUCUGGAACCCUUCCAAUGCGGGACCUGCCCAUACCACUGCGAUAUGGGAGGUAGCUCGAGCAACGACUGCCGCACCAAGGUACUUUGAGUCUAUCAAGAUCAUAGGAAGAAAGUUCCUCGACGGUGGUAUGGUAGCCAACAAUCCAUCGCUAAUUGUCAUACGAGAGAUUCAUAAUCUUCACGGCCUAGUUCCAGCCCUAUUCGUCAGCAUUGGGACAGGUCUGAAGGCCUCUAAGGAUGCCCAGAGAAACGGUGCACCCAGAGAGACCAAUGGCGAGAUCAGAUCUCUCAGGAGGGCUGCGACCAGAGAUGAUGUCAGACGCAAGCAGUUCUUGAAGAAGUAUAUCGAGAUAGGGAAAGAAUGGAAGAACUGGAUGGUGGAUUGUGAAGGCAUGAACGGCACUAAUGGGUGGCGAGGCCACUGCAGAGCGAUCAAAUUCACAGAGCACCUAUACAGGCUCAACGUGGAAGGCGACCUUCAUACCAUCCCUCUUGAUGACUGGCGCCCUUCAAACACUGGCGAAGAAACGCUCAAGUUCAUCGAAGAGCAAACAAGACGCUAUUUGGCCGGACCUAGAGUAAGUGAGUACAUCAACUGUAUCGCCAAGAAAGCCGUUGAGGUAAGACGUCAACGCGCCGCGACAGAACAGUGGGAGCGAUUCGCAGUGGAUGUGGUUUAUCGCUGCCCCGAUUGCGAUAACAAGAAGUAUGACACUCGGGCAAAGCUUCGGGAGCAUCUACAAAAGGGAACCGAGCAUAGACGGAACAGGAUGGCUGAUGGGAAGGAGCUUGAGGAGAAACUAAACGCUUCGAGGACCUUUAGACCUGAUAGACCCGUUGAAACAGGGAGGUGA